AUGGAAUCCUCAAAUUGGAUUCUCAAACAUGUAUCCAUUUUACUCAUUCUCUUCCUUACUCCUUCAAUGUCCUCAACUUUGGACCUUAUAGUUACACAAACUAAAACCUUGCACCAAAACUUCACUGCUGUGUCAGAUUUUAGAUUGAUAAAUAGAAGAAUUUUGAAGGAUGGUUCUAUUUUAAGUCCUUAUGUUAAACUCAUUAUCAGCAAAAAUUCUAGCUUGUCGGAUGACCAAUUCGUCACCGUUACGGUCACCGGAGUUUCAAAGCCGAGAGAUGGAGAUUGGGUUGCAAUGAUCUCACCUUCAAAUUCCAAUGUUAAAACUUGUCUUCUCAAUGAGUUUUAUUAUCUACAAACUGGUGAUACUUCAAAACUUCCUCUGCUUUGCCAUUACCCUGUCAAGGCACAAUACCUGAAAAACGAUCCAGAUUACCUAAGCUGCAAAAACAAAGAAUGCAAGAAAGAGCAGAAUGGGAAAUGCAGUGUGACAACAUGUAGUGGUUCCAUAAAGUUUCAUGUUAUCAACAUUAGAACUGACAUUGAGUUUGUAUUCUUCACUGGUGGCUUCCUCACCCCUUUCCUUGUUGGAAGGUCCACACCUUUGGGUUUUGCUAAUCCUAACAAGCCACUUUAUGGUCAUCUAUCAAGCAUAGAUUCAACCGCAACAUCAAUGAGAUUGACAUGGGUUAGUGGAGACAAGGAACCUCAGCAAAUUCAAUAUGGAGAUGGGAAAACAGUUACUUCAGCAGUAACUACUUUUUCACAAAAUGAUAUGUGCAGUUCAGCACUGCCUAGUCCUGCUAAGGAUUUUGGAUGGCAUGACCCCGGAUACAUUCACUCAGCAGUUAUGACAGGACUCAACCCAUCAACUACCUACUCCUACAGAUACGGAAGUAACUCGGUUGAUUGGAGUCAACAGAUCAAAUUUUCCACUCCACCUUCUGGAGGAUCAGAUGAGCUCAAAUUUGUUGCAUUUGGUGAUAUGGGAAAGACCCCUCUUGAUGCUUCAGAGGAACAUUACAUUCAGCCUGGAGCUUUAUCAGUUAUAAAAGCUAUAGCUAGUGAAGUGGAUUCCAACAAUUUAAACUCGGUUUUUCACAUUGGAGACAUAAGCUAUGCGACCGGUUUUCUAGCAGAAUGGGAUUUCUUUAUGAACCUUAUUAGUCCAGUAGCUUCAAGAGUUUCUUACAUGACAGCAAUUGGGAACCAUGAGAGGGAUUAUGUAAGUUCUGGUUCGGUUUAUCAAACACCCGACUCUGGCGGUGAAUGUGGAGUACCUUACGAAACAUACUUUCCAAUGCCAACUUCCGCAAAGGAUAAGCCUUGGUACUCAAUUGAACAAGCAAGUGUUCAUUUUACAGUAAUAUCCACUGAACAUGACUGGUCCAUAGAUUCUCAACAGUAUGAAUGGAUGAAAAAGGAUAUGGCAUCCGUUAAUAGACAACAUACUCCUUGGUUAGUCUUCAUGGGGCAUAGACCAAUGUACACUUCCAACCAAGGAUUUUCGUCUAAAGAUCAAAAUUUUAUUAAAGCUGUGGAGCCAUUGCUAAUAGAGAAUACGGUUGACUUGGCACUUUUUGGCCAUGUGCAUAACUAUGAAAGAACUUGUUCUGUCUAUCAGAAUAAGUGCAAAGCCAUGCCUAUAAAAGAUCAAAAGGGAGUAGACACUUAUGAUAACAAAAAUUAUAGUGCACCCGUACAUGCUGUCAUUGGCAUGGCUGGCUUCACCUUAGACAAAUCCUCAAACAAUGGAGAGAGCUGGAGUCUUAAAAGAAUUUCUGAGUUUGGUUAUUUACGAGCACAUGCUACUAAAAAUGAUUUAAACUUGGAGUUUGUGACAUCAGAUACAAGAGAAGUUAAGGAUAGUUUCCGCAUUACAAAGUAA